AUGUAUGGCCACUGUCUCGUUUCCGCGAAGAGAGAGCAUGGACGGGACGGCGUGUUGCUCAUCUGGGAGGCUGUGGAGAAGCUCAGGUCACUCCACGAUGUGACGAGCGAAGAAGCCGAGUUGUUUUGGAGUGCCAUCCUAGAAGCUGUUCUCCACGACGAGGACAGUUUGAAGGAUGUUGUGCUGUUUUCAGAAUGGCUACUUCGUACUCACUCUGCGCAGUGGCCUUCACUCUACUCGAAGACGAUAUCUUACUGUCUGCGCAAUGGCCAGUACCUCAGAGCAAUGCAGUGGCAUCUGCGGUUAAUGCCGAACUUUGACCCUGGGCCAAAAAUAUUCGGUGCCUUGCUACAGGAGUUUGCCAUUGUUCCUGGGGCCGAAAUGCAGCAGACGCUGCAAGCGCUCUACGUCGCGUCUCUUCACCACAGCUCGUACGAUGAGCUUAUCCCCCUUCUAUAUCGCAAUGGCCUUUCUCAAGACUGCAACGGAUGGCGCGAUCUGUUCAUAAACCACCACGACCUGCCUCAACCAACAGCCGAGUCCCAGCCGUACUUGAAGUACCUCGCUCGUUACUAUCCGACCAUCACUCUUGAACUUGAGGAGCAGAUGAUCGUGGGUUUGAACUCAUCGACGUAUUGGGAUGUCCACUACGACUCUCUUUGGGAUGCUAUGAAGCAGUACACGCACGGCGAUGAUAGCGACUCCCCAGGAAGACGACACAGUGAUACGCUGGGUGCACGUUGGUUCGCAAGUUCUUGGGUACCGCUCGAUUUUGCAAUCCAUGCUGUUCAUGCGCUGGGCGUGCGCCAAAUCGGUCCUCUGUCGUUGCAGUCGAUUGCAUUGCGUGAGCCUAUCGCACACCGAGUCGUGGCUCGAAUUGAGCAGUUGCGCAAAAUCAACAUCGAUAUUGGCCAUUCCGCAUACUCGCAGGUUCUAAAACGGUUUGCCGAGAACGAGGACAACGAACUGCUGCAUGAAUUGCUGCAUACAGACAUCCACCCUGACGUCUUUGACGACCCCCCAAUGCUGGCUAGCAUCCGUGACAAAGCCUUGAAAGAGGGGGCCUGGGAGACGCAUCGGCUGCUGGUCGCAAUCCAACCCGCCAUAGUCGAAGAGUCGGUCGACUUGACGUCGAAUCUUUUACUGCAGGAAAGUGUCAAGUAUGGCCAGAGCAGACAGGCUUUGGCUUUGCUGGACGACAUGCGGACCAUGAACAUUGAUGUGUCCAUGUCGACGGUUCAACACAUUUGCUGGAGCAUCCUUGACAUUCUGCCAUGGAACCCAAAGACCACAGCCGUCAACCAAGAGGCUUUGAACACGGCCAUAGCUUAUCUUACGCGUCUGACGCUGCUCAAAAAGCCGGUUCACUCACAUUAUUGGCAAAAGAUCAUCUUCGGCCUCGGGAAAUUUGGCCGCAUCGGCGAGUUGGAAGAACUUUGUAUCGGCAUCAUCGACACCUACGAGAAGCUCUGUAUUUCAGAGGGCGGUUUAUUGCCGGUUCAUUACCUGGAUGCGCCGCCGUUGGGUAUGGAUGGCUCAACCAAUGAUGUUCUCGUGCCAGCUGACCUGCCCAUCGCCCACGAACAUCACCCGGUGCGCCGGAUCUUCGACAAUGCCGCUUUGCACGCCGCGAUCGUUCGAUGGGGGUUUAAGGCAGGCUUCUCUAAACCCUGCAGCAGUUGGGGUCCUCUUCCCAGCAGCAUGGCAGCCGCGUCCGAAUAUUCAGUCGCACGGGGUGUACGGUUUCUGGCUAUUCUCAAUGGAAGAGGUAUUCCAUUUCGGGCAGCCGUCGUUCAAGAUCAGGUUGUGAGAUGUCUAGCUCGAGCCUAUUUGCCCCAGAACAAGGGAGCAUCUCGCAGGAGGGUUGACCUGCCGCCGCUGAAAAACAUGAGCGAACUGGUCAACAGAGCAGCCGGGCGUGAUUUGCUACCCAGUACUGCCAAAUUGCGGGACCUGAUGGAGGACGUAUACCCCGGAAAGAGCACAGCGAGUAUGGCCACAAGAAGUUUCACAUCAUCUGUAAUACCACACAUGCCGUAG